AACAGACACAAACACGGCAGAUCGCAUCCCAAAAACAGAGAGAGGGGCCUGGAAAACUGCCCCACUUUGGGGAAGGAAUAAAAACCUGCAUAGACAAAGUAGAACAGAACAGUCUAGAAUUGUCACCCAAAUGUUUCCCAUUUGACGAUCUGUCCCCCCACUCUGCUCCUAGUUACCUUCCCAAAUGCCCCUGCUAAUGGCUUAGAAAUGUUGGCAGGCAUCGGGUAGACUGUAAAGAAAUAUCAUUUCUUUCUAUUUUUAUUAUUGUUGUGUUGUGUUGUGUUGUUUUCCAGCACAUGAUCCUCCCCUUGUACAGGAAAAGGUUUAGCCCUGAAGCCCGUUUGUAGCAGUAGCGUGUGGAUCAAGCCAUAGGACACAGAGCAAGGGGGGAGGACUAAUUCUUAAAAUAAACUUGAAAGAGUUUGAAGGCCGUAUCUUCAGUGAUGCAAUGACGGAUAAUAACUACGUAUUUCCAGGUGAGAUGGUGCUGCCUAGAAUGAUGGACGCUUCUCCCUGUGACAUCACAAUGCCCAAUUUGCUACAUCGUUGUUUGUAUUCCAUGAUCAGCUGUAUCUCUGCAGCCUGGGAAACUGACACAAGGAGAAUUCAAAGCAGCACCGAAAAACCUCAGCUCGUUUCAGAAUUUGCUGUGACCCACUAUCUCUGAUAUCAGGGGCUUUGGAAGGCACCUUUAAUAUAUACAAAUAUAUUUUAUAAUAAGAAAUAACAGCAUCAAAAGGAGAAACUUGAGAAACCAAAAAAAGACCAACAACAUGAAGUUCCAGUACAAAGAAGAUCAUCCUUUUGAAUACAGAAAAAAGGAAGGGGAGAAAAUCAGAAAGAAAUAUCCAGACAGGGUCCCUGUUAUUGUGGAGAAGGCACCCAAAGCAAGAGUACCUGACCUGGACAAGAGGAAGUACCUUGUGCCUUCUGACCUCACAGUUGGCCAGUUCUACUUCUUAAUCCGAAAGCGGAUCCACUUGAGGCCAGAGGAUGCCCUAUUCUUCUUUGUCAAUAACACCAUCCCUCCCACCAGUGCUACCAUGGGCCAGCUGUAUGAGGAUAACCACGAGGAGGACUAUUUUCUCUAUGUGGCCUACAGCGAUGAGAGUGUCUACGGCAAGUGAGCGCUGGUCUCCGGGUGCACAGGCAUAACGGACUGACAGGAAUGGUGGGUGGGAGGGGGGAUCCACGUCGGAGAGGAGGAAGAUUGAGGAGAGAGAACUGGAAAAGAACUACAUACACAAUGUCAUCAUUUUCACACAUCUGAUUAUUAUUAUUAUUACUAUUAUUGUUACUUUUACAGCGGGGUGGGGGGAGGAGGGAGGAGACGUAGCUCGAUGGAGUAAUCUGACUGGCUGACAGAAAGUUCUGAGCUAUGUGACUGGGAGGUUCCCCUUGUAGCAUUCUGCCCCCUGCCAUGCGUGGGAAUUCUGUUAGCUAGUAACAGGGCCUUGGUAAGCAAGCCGAACUCGCACACCUUCCAGGUAGCAGUGGGGGAGGGAGGGAAGGGUUGCUGGGUGACAGUAAUGUGAGUGCACAUUCUCUGGACCUGGGAGUGAGUAUACUGUACUGUCCCUCUCAUGCUUACCUUCACCAUCUAUCAUGGGUGUUCAAGUGCUUUGGUGCUCUGUGUGCCCAUAUGAAGUCCCUAUGCUGGGCAUUCUAGUUGGUGCCCACAAAUAGUUCCCCUACUUCUCUGUUAACCUUUCCUUCACUAAGGGUUGGGAAUUACCCAGGCUGAUAUGAGGGAGGUGGGGUGUUUUUUGUUUUUUUUUGUUUUUGUUUUUUAAACUGCAUUCAAGUGCUGGACCAGACAUGUUGAGAAAAACUUAUUCUGCCCCUUCCAUUGCAGCCCAGCCUGGUACACAAACCCUUUGGAUUUAGUCUUCCCCUCCAUGUCUCAUCUAUAGAUCUUGCAUGUUCUUUAAGAGCAGAAUAUUUCAUGGCCCUGCACCCAUUCUGACCUGGAUUCCUGUUGCUGGGCAAUACUUCCACACUGUGGCCAAGUAGUGGUAUUUAUUUUGGGGGGGGGGUGGGUAGUUUGAACAUCAUCAGAACAGAUACUUUAGAUAUAUGUUGUUUUUUUUCUGAGCCAGUAUUAUCCUUACAAAGGUACCAAGAGAUCCCAUCCCAUGCAGGACUUAAGCCGUCAGCUUUUGAGUUGCACAAACAGAGGAUGUUCCUGGAACUGCUAUCAGUUAAAUCGAGAGGGGCAGGGGGGAGGGAAGGAGUUGAAUGUUGAGGAACCUUUAUGUUGGAAUUUGAGUAAUAAUAAAAUAAUUGAGUUUAAUUACUGUAAACAUUCCUCUAUUAAUGGGGAUUGGAGGGAGGGACCUAAAGGUGGGGAGAAGACAAGGAGGAGGGGAGGAACAGAUGGACCCCAGAUGAAGGUGGGGGACAUAUGAUAAACACUAUUUUCAUAAGAUGAUUCUACCCCAACUCCCUAUAUUUUCCUGGGGAGGUGACAAUGGGGACUGAAAAAUCUUAGUUAGCACUUCACUGGAGCAGAGAAAUAAACAAGCAGCUAACCUCUGGUGACGUGUGUGAAAUUUGUCCUAUGAUUUCUCUGUCUAACUUUUUGAAUUGUUGUUCCACUAAAAUGCAUAGGAAUAGAAGAGCAUGUUGUGGAUCAGGAUUGAGGGGCAUUGGCAGAGUGGUUUGGGAAGCCCAGGACUGGAAAAGCAGGGCGGGCUGCAGGACAGGCUUGAGGGGCAUUGGCAGAAGGUUCUGCAGUGAGGACUGAGAUGCACUGCUUUAGAAAGGGGAACAAGAGGAGAAACAUAUAGAUAAGCGUUCCCUAUUUGCAUCAUGAAUUCAGGUUUGCUCUUCUGUUGCACGCCUCAUGGGAUAGUCCUCCUGGGAUGAUCUCACACUCAAAAUACCAUUAUAGAUCACUUGGGUAUUGCCUAGAAUGCCAUGACAUAAUUCUCCCUCAGCCCUCUUUUCUCCACUCCUCUCUGCUUAUUGGGGAUUUCCUUGUCCUUUGGGUGGAAAUCCAUGUUGGCCUUUCAUUUCACAAGCUCUGAAUGUUCUGAAGGUUAGAAAAUCCCUUUGGAUGAAGGCAUGCUGGGGGCAGUGUCGGCUAUUGCAGUUCUCUCCCCCCAGGCUUGUGCUUGCUCACACUUACCUCUACAUGUGUGUUUGCUCUCACUCACGCAUGCUCUUGCUCGUGCAUGCCCAGGGGGAGACAGCUGCAACCCGGGGUGUUUGAUUUUGUGUCCCUACCUCCCCCUAGCACCGUGAUGUUUGUGGGAAUAAUUCAGGCCAUUUGUUACAUGUGGGGUUUUAUGUUUGGGUUAGUUUUAGGUUAUUUUAACUGGAUUGUGGCAUUUACCUCUGUUUUCGCUCUAGUCUAAUAUUGUAAAAGGCAAUGAUGGUCAUUUUUUUUUCUGUCUCGGUUAUUCUAACCAGCUCCAGGUUCUUGUAAAAUAAAGUUCAUGUUGUAUGGGCUAAAUCAACCGAUCAAUAAAGACACAUUUGAAAAUCA